CGUUCCGUUGACCGAAUUUUGAACCGAAUUUGGAUUUUACAAAACCGUAUAAUACUCGUUUGCCGUUCCGUACGUUUGACGAAUCCUCAAUUGCUAAAUAGGGUACUACACCUAAAAAUAAUCCUUGAUCUCUCUCUCUCCCUAAACAUCACCAACACCUCCUUCGCAUUCAAUUUCUGAUUCUCUCUUUCUCUUACUGUCAGCUAUUCGUACGCCGUAUAACCAUAAAUCUCACCGCUCCUAAUGCUAAUGUGCACUGCACGUGACACUGAAACUAGUUUUAAUUCCUCUGAUCAUCAUAUUUAUCUCCUUCCUCCAUUUCUAGUUGACCUCUGCAAAAAAUCAAAACCCUAAAAAUCAUAAGAUGCCUCGUAGAAUCACUCUAUCUCCAUCACCGCCAUUUAAUACAACUUUUGAAGGGUUACUUCAACAAGGAUCUCACAAAACCGAAGCUGCUGCUGCUUCUUCUUCGUUGCAUGAUUCUGAUUCGAGUUCGAUUUCGAGUCUUUUGAUAAUAUCGAUUAUCCUAACAGUAGUCUUCUUCGUAUCUGCAUCAUUACAUAUUUUGCUUCGUUAUAUUAAUCGACAUUGUAGAUCAAACACAGAGGAAUUUGAAGGAGAAGAAGAUGAAGAUGAAGUUACAAGAAGAAUCGAACAGAUUAAUAAUCAAAUUCAUAGUAGAAUAUCAAGUAGAAGAAUAUUACCUGCCGCAGAAGAAGAAGAAGAGAUUAAUCAAAGUAAUCAGAAAUUGAUUGAUUCACUUCCUUUGUUUUCAUUUGAUUCCAUUAAAGGUUUAAAAACAACGACAAAAGAUUCAUCAUCGAUUUUUGUUUGUGUUGUUUGUUUAUCAAAAUUUGAAAGGAAAGAUAAACUUCGAUUAUUACCCAACUGUUGUCAUGCGUUUCAUUCCGAGUGUAUUGAUACGUGGCUUUUAUCUAACCGCACAUGUCCAUUAUGUAGAGCUACUGUACACGCUGAGGAAUCACCGAAAAUUUUACCAUCAUCAGCUAUUUCGUCAAGAAGAUUAUCUUCUUCUUCUAAUGUUGGUGGUGGUGGUAAUGGCGAUAGUUUCAGAAUAGAAAUUGGCAGCGUAAGUCGUCGAUCAAGAAAUUUAUCAUCCGAGAAUAUUGGUGCUGUGCAGAAUGGGCGGUCAAGAUCUUAUUCGAUGGGAUCAUUUGAGUAUUUAGUUGAAGAUGAAUCAGAAGUUAUUCUAGUAUCAUCAGAUCAAAGUAAUUUUGGCGGGAAAAAGGAGGAAGAAACUGACUCAGCGGCGGCUAAUGUGGUGGUGAUGGAACAAACAGCGGGAUCUGACCAAUUAGCGGCCGAAGUUGGUGGUAGUGGUGGUGGUGGAAGAGGUUGGUUGUUAGAUUAUGUUGAUAAGAUUGCUUCUUCAACUUCAUCGUCUUUUUCUUCUCGUUCCUUUCGACUAUCCGGGAGAUUCUUCACCGGGAGCAGUUGUCGGUUUGAUGGAGGAGUAACCGGAAAUGAGAGGCGGACUGAAGAUAGUAUCGCCGCCGUGAAUGGUGAUGGGAGCUGGGAUUUGGAGGGAAAUCAUCGAUAUGGUGAAGAAAUUAGCAGUUUCUUUCGGUGGCUCUCAGGGGUAUAAUUGGUACUUCGUAAAGAUAGGCUUCUUCCACCCUUUCGGGCAUACAGAUUACACUGUGCCUACUUCAGAAACCAGCCAACGAGAAAGAAAAGUAAUCCGUAUCUCUCUUCGUAAUAUGUGGAUCAUAAUAUGGACAAAAUUGUACAAUUACAGAAAAGAGUUACAUUGCCAGGCAUAGCAUUAGGACCAAAUUAUUGGCCUAAGCAAAUCAAAUGGCUGGGAAACUAGAAAAAUCUGGGAGGAGAUAAUGAGCAUUAAAUAUGGAGAGAGGGAGAGGAGUAAAUGAAUGAAUAAAAAGAGCCGGGAAUAGUGGGGACUGUAGGUUGCUGUCUUUCGCUGUGUUUCAAUGUUGAGUAAUGUUGUUGUUUCUUGAGAGGGAGAGUGAUACAUGGAACGAUGAAUGGGGUGUUUUGAUUUGGUGGGGGCACGCAUGAGAGACUCAUGACUACAAUGGUGUAACAGUAGUAUUUAAAGUGUAGGAUUUUUAAUUUUCACCACAUUUAUGAUGAUCAUGA